AUGCCGAAAAAAGCUGGAAUGGAAUCUUGCCCUGCAAGGAGGACGUUCUCAACCAGUUACCGGAAAGGCAGAAACCGCUUCGUCAGCCAAGAUGCUUGGGAGACGAAGAGGGAUUGCGACGACGAUGAUCGCCAAGCCUUUUGUUGCGUGCCGUUGACUCUUCUUGGAAUGGCAUCAGAGCAGUGUCGGUUGCAAAUCCGCUGUGAAGAAGGAGAUAUCGGUAGACCCGAUACUGGCUCGAUUGGAUCGGGUCCACUCUUCCGCACUUAG